UCGCUAAUUGAUUCUUGGUCCGCGACAAUCACUAAAUGAGCGGCGGAAAAGUACCAAAUGUAAAGUUUAUAAAUGAUUGCUAUCAUUUGGGUCCGUGUCACAGUCAUUCCCUGGGCACGGGUGGGGCAAUUCGUGUAAUUUGUCGAUGAGCACGUUUGAAGCCAUGCGUUCGGAACCGUUGAAAUCCAUUCCGGAAACGUUUGCCGGGGUGGAUGUGUUCAUUACCGGUGGUUCCGGUUUCAUGGGAAAGGUGCUGAUAGAGAAGCUUCUGCGGUCAUGUCCCGACAUUGGCCAGGUGUUUGUGCUGUUGCGCGAGAAGAAAGGCAAAUCCAGCGGUGAACGUGUUCAGGAAUUGGUCAAAAUUCCGUUGUUCGACAAGAUACGCGAAACACAUCCAGAUAGUAUCCAGAAGAUAGUGCCAAUUCCCGGAGACUGUUCUCUACUGAAAAUGGGAUUAAACGAGGACAGUCAAGAAAAAUUGAAGGAUGUUCAAUUUGUGUUCCACGCGGCAGCCAGUGUUCGAUUUGAUGAUCCCCUAUGUAAAGCCAUUCUACUGAAUACUCGUGGAACGCGUGAGGUUUUUCGAUGGGCCAAGACACUGAAAAACCUGCGAGCCCUUGUGCACAUUUCAACGACCUACUGCAAUCCAGAGAUCUUCGAUAUCGAGGAGCGCAUCUACCCAGCCAAGAUGGACUGGCAGAAGGCAAUCGAGAUUGCCGAGCGGAUGGAACCGGAAGUGGUGGAAACGUUGUCACAGAAACUGACCGGUUUCUCGCCCAACACGUACACUUUCACCAAAGGGCUGGCGGAGCAAAUCUGCUACGACUAUCAGCAGGAACUUCCGGUGGUCAUUUUCCGGCCCUCGAUCGUUACCAAUGCGGAAAGGGAACCACUUCCCGGAUGGAUCGAUAACUUCAAUGGCCCAACCGGACUGUUGGUGGGUAUGGGUACCGGUGUCGUGCGAUCCGGAUGCAUCAAGUUGAACAACCACAUCAACUGUAUUCCGGUGGACGUAAGCAUCAAAGCCAUCAUAAUCGCUGCGUGGAAGCGUGCCAAUUCUGUUCAGUCACUGCCCCUGACGAUCUACAACAGUGCAGCUGAGGUGCACAAAACGGCCGACUACAGAUUUUUGGUGCGUGACGGAGAGGAUCUGUACUACAAAACACCGGCAACGCAGAUGCUAUGGUUUCCGGGAGGGCUGAACGCACCGUUCAAGUUACUCUACUAUGUUUUGUUCUUUUUCUUUCAAAUCAUCCCUUCGAUGAUCCUGGAUGCGUUACUGAAGCUUAGUGGACGGAAGCCCAUGUUGUUACGACUGCAGCGGAGAAUUUUCGACGCAACCAUUUCGCUUAUGUACUUCACCGAAAAUGAGUGGGUGUUCAAGACUGACAAUUUCCGUGCACUGCAAUCGGAGUUACUGGAGCAGGACAGGGAAACGUUCGAUAUCAACUACAUCACGAAUGGGCUGUCGACGUACUUCGCGGUUUGUAUCAUUGGAGCACGGCGUUAUUUGUUCAAGGAAAAGGACGACACCAUCCCGGCGGCGAAGAAAAAAAUGCGCCGUCUCAUGUGGAUCCAUGGGACGAUCAAAUAUGCCUUCUUCUUGUUCAUUGGGUACAUGAUUUUCUCUAAAUUUUUCUUACCAGUUGCCUAGUUGUAAAUGUUGUCAAUAAACAAUUUUCUCAUAUA